AUGGCAUCCUAUCAGUCUUCAAUGGCCAAUGGAAGCAAGAGACGGAAAUUGAACAACUGGGACUAUGAGCAGUCCUCUUUGACAUCGUGCGAGAACGGCUUUGCAAACCCUAACCAGGCCUGCCUGCCUGAUGUUACAUACGAGCGGAGCUACAUGACACCAUAUGACCCAGGUGUUGCAUAUACGUCGCACACCAUUAACGCCGUUGACAUUCACCCGAAUACUCCGAAAAUCGCGCCCGUGCUUCCUAUGGGCAACUAUAUUGGGCACUCCAACGCCUACAUUAGAACGGAGACGACGACCAAUGUGAGACAAACAUCUCACUAUGGCGACACGAGCGUGUCGAGGAGACUGACCUACACUUCUAUGGAACUGACCGUUAGCCCACGUGAUACUCACGUUAAUUACCCCUGCGUCCUGGGUGAGGGUUGCGAUAUAGACCAGGAAUGUAUUGCAUCGGUAUCAAGCAUGAUUGUCUGUUACGGCAUGUUGUGCGAGAUCCAGGUUGAGCUCCUGGUCUCGACAUUGUCUUUGAUGGAAUGUCAAGCCUUGUACUGGGACAAGGCCACAACUUUACGGCAUCCAACAGAUGGUUUGGAAAUUGUCAAGCUUUCUGCAGUCACUGUCAAAGUGCUGCAGACGUUAUCAUCCGAAGCCAGUUCAGAAUUUCAAUUCUGGCUCUCACCGCAACAGCAAUUUGGUCAACGCACGACCGACAGCUCAAGAGAAAUGGCAACGAAGGGAACUGUGGCUGCAGGCCGCUGUUUGUCGGUCAUCAUAUACGGACCGAACGAUAUGGCAACUCAUGUUGGUGAUUGGCUCGACAGCUUGAAGAUGUAUUUUCAAGUGCCCCACGGUUGCGACCGAGACGUUCCGUAUAUAAACCCCCAUUGCCUUGCUUCAAACCAGGAGUCUACAAUGUACACGCAGCAACUUCCGGCACAACUGAGAAUAAACGAGUUAGAAGAUCAAGGUUCUCCUAAAGGUCUCUUCUCUGACCUUUAUACAGAUUCGGUCUUUGAACUGGCACCCCAACCCUACGCCAUUGUUUCACCCCUACACAACCACCAGAGACAAGCUUUGACCUUUAUGGUCGAGCGAGAGAACGGGUGGAACUUGUCUGGUGCACGAAACGAUAUCUGGAAAUCUCACAUUGAUGCAUUUGGCGUACGAAGAUACAAAAACACUGUGUGCGGAUUCACGCAAACGCGGGCCCCGGAGAGCUUCCGAGGAGGAAUUAUCGCAGACGAGAUGGGUCUUGGGAAGACGUGUACGAUGCUGGCGUUGAUAGCGGCAAGUCCGUUUCAACAUAGCUCCUCCACGUACGACUCAAACUGUGUAAAAGGCACAUUGAUCGUGGUGCCAGUCCCGCUCCUGUUCGUGUGGGAAAAGCAAAUCCAGGAGCAUUUCCGGCGCGGCUGCGUUCGCUACACCAUCUUUCACGGUCCUGACCGCCAGCAGAGUGCCAAUAUCCAAGAUUAUGAUAUUGUCAUAACAACAUACACCACUGUCGUGUCGGAGUGGAAGAACUGCAGAGCAUCACGGUCUCAAACAGACUGCAGCUCCUUGUUCAAGACGUUCUGGCAUCGGAUUAUCCUUGAUGAAGCGCAUAUCAUUCGGACGAAAGAGACGAUAUGUGCGAAGUCGGUCUAUGCUCUACAAGGAGAACGCCGAUGGUGCAUUACCGGAACGCCUAUCCAAAAUCGCUUGACGGAUAUCUUUUCUCUUCUCCGCUUUCUGAAGGUGCACCCUUACGACAACAUCGUGACCUUCCAGGAGCAAAUUCUACGUCCGUGGAAGUCGCACAUGGACGAAGAUGCAUUGAAGAGGCUUCAAUCCAUCUUGAAGGCGAUCACCGUUCGCCGAGGAAGGAAUGUCAUUGCUCUUCCGGAUCGGCUCGAGCACACGGAAGAGGUCUUUUUCACAGAGGAGGAACGUGCUGUCUAUGAAAAGGCGCGGACCGGUGCGAUCGAGGUCCUCAACAGCGCCAUGAAUAUCGACCCGUCAACCUCCAGGUCAAUGUAUUUGAAUGCACUCCAGAGGAUCAACGACCUCAGAUACAUCUGCAACCAUGGCGUCACUCCUCCACGACACAGGGAAUCUUUCGAGCCCAUGAAUGCACUGGAAGAAGAUUUCCCUGCUCUCCUUUCCGAAGUAUUUGAGAGAGGGCAAGAGAAUUCGGACUUACUUUGCAUUCAUUGUGGCAUCAACCUAAUGUGGGAAGAGGAAGACCGAGGCCAAUUCCUCCUCACACCUGACAGUUGCGCCAAUCUCCCGCCGUCUCCAGCAUGCAGAGGCUGCCGUCAGGACAGACCCCCGCCACUUUCACCAUCCGGUUCGAGUUGGUCUUCUGGUGUCUCAUCACCGACAAGGCUGGUCAAAUCCACGCAGCCAUCAAGCAAGAUCAAAAUCCUAGUAGACCGGAUCCAACAGCUCCCUCUCACCGACAAAUGCGUCGUCUUCUCGUACUGGACUUCGAGCCUGGAUGCCGUCGAGGAAGCUCUGAAGCAGGCCUCGAUCAAAUUCUGUCGCUAUGAUGGUAAGUUGAGCCAAGCACAGCGCAGCCAGGUUCUGAAGGCCUUCACGAACGACGCUUCGUUGCGGGUGUUUUUGUUGUCGAUAACAUGUGGAGGGGAAGGGCUUGACCUCACUGCUGCCAACCAUGCUUAUCUCCUUGAACCGCAAUGGAACCCCAUGCGGGAAGAGCAGGCCAUGGCUCGAGUGCACCGACUUGGUCAGAAGAAGGCCGUGCGCCUGGUGCGCUUGGUGGUGAAGGGCACAUUUGAAGAGAACAUUAUCACGCUCCAAGGGCGGAAACGAACACUGGCCGACCUCAUCAUAGACCGGUCGCCGCUGCAGCAGGGAACUGGUGGAAAGAAGCAGUUGUAUUAUCUCCGCGAAUUGGUAGGGUAG